AUGGGUACUUCACUUGACUCAAAGCGCGGCUCUAUCGACGCCAAAGUUGGAAUAGAACUGGAAAACGCACCAGUUCGCGAUCCUCUUCUUGACCCCUAUGACCUGAUCAAAGAUAAGUCCCCGGAAGAGCUUCGUGCUCUGGACAAAUCGGUUCGAAAGAAGUUGGACUGGAAGUUCUUACCCAUGGUCUGUGCCAUGCUGAUGAUGAAUUAUCUCGACCGUAUCAACGUUUCCAACGCCCGCCUUGCUGGAAUGCAAGAAGAUUUACACAUGUCUGACACGAUGUGGUCUGCUGGAAUCUCACUAUUUUAUGUCGGAUACAUCAUCUCGCAAGUUCCUGCGAACGUCAUAAUUGCCAAAGGCAAGCCCAGAGUACUGCUCCCCAUCUGUAUGCUUGGUUGGUCCUUUGUAACAAUCUGCAUGCCUGCCGUCACCGCUGGAUGGGGAUUCCUUCUCUGUCGUUUCAUGGUCGGGGUCUGUGAAGGCCCUUUUGUGCCGGCGGUGUCACUUCUGACCUCGUCGUGGUACACGAAACAUGAGUCUCCUCUUCGUAUGGGCAUUUGGCACGCCGGCAAUACCAUCUCUCAAGCAAUUUCUGGACUUCUUGCGGCUGGAAUUCUCAAAAACAUGAACAAUAUUGCCGGGAUGUCGGCUUGGCAAUGGUUUCUCUUACUCGAAGGCAUUGUCAGUAUCAUGGUUGCUCUUGCCAGCUUUUGGUUCAUUCCAAACUUCCCAGAGUCAACGGGAACAUAUUUCCUCACGGCUGAAGAAUCGCAAAUGGCACAAUACAGGCAAACUGUGUCAGCCGGAGGCCGUUCUGAGGACGAUGAGGGUGACUAUUGGGGUGGUGUAUGGAUGGCAUUGAAAGAUCCGUUCACUUACUUUUUCUCCGCCAUUCACUUCUUUCUCAUCAUUGCACAGUCCUACAAGGACUUUUUCCCAUCCAUUCUCGCCACGCUGGGCUUUGGGGACACCACCACAUAUCUUAUCCAAGCCCCACCGCCAAUUAUUGCGUUUUUGGUGACGUUGGCAGUAUCUUGGUCGUCGGGUCGGAUGUUGGAGCACGGAUAUCACAUCAUUGUGCCGAUUCUCUUAACGCUUGUUGGUUGCAUCGUUAUGAUCACGACCCUCAACGUUGGCGCUCGUUACUUCUCCAUGAUUUUGCUGGUCACUGGCCCAUUUGUCGGUCUAAACUUGUGCCACGUCCCCGUACCAAGCGAGCUGCACUGA